AGAAAGAAACGUUUACCAAAGCACUUUAUCUUUUUGAUAAAGAUUACAAUAAAAUGAGUAAUGAAGAACUAAUUGUUGAAAUUCAGAAGUUACGGGCAGAAAUAUGGUCAAUGAAAGAUGAUGAUGGACGAAUAAAGAAAAUACUAGAGACACACGAACUUUCCACUACCGGACAAAAACCAACCAAAUCGGGCAAUUUCCCGUUUGAGUUUUUAUUAAUUUUAAUUGUCGAAACCAGUUGUGACGAAACGAGCACUGCCAUUUUAGAAAACAAAAAAGUUCUCAGUAAUAUUACCAUUUCCCAAAUAUUAGAACAACAAAAAUAUGGUGGAGUAAUGCCUAGUUUGGCCGCUAAAUUACAUAUUAAAAAUAUUCAAAAAGUCCUAAAAAAAACUUUAUUCACUGCUAAAAUUUCCCCCAAGCAAAUUGAUUAUAUUGCCUAUACCGAAAAACCAGGCUUAAUCAUUUCCUUGGCCUUGAUUAUUAGUGGCGGACAUACUCAGAUGUAUCAAGUAAACAACCAUUUUGACUUUAUUCUUUUGGGUGAAACUUGCGAUGACGCCAUUGGUGAAUGUUUGGAUAAAUCGGCCAUUUUAUUGGGUUAUAAUUAUCCAGGUGGUCCGAUCAUUGAAAAAUUGGCUCAAACUGGAAAAAAUACUUAUCGGUUGCCUUUUCCCAAAAAUGAUGAAAGUUUUGAUUUUAGUUUCAGUGGAUUGAAAAGUGAAAUUAGUCGUCUAAUAAGCAAGGAAAAAGAAAACAUUAAUGUUAAUGACCUGGCUUGUUCGCUCCAAUGCAUUUUGGCUGAAAUAUUAACCAAAAAAUUAAAAAAGGCUUGGUUAACUGUUCGGGCAAAAACUAUCAUAAUUGGUGGAGGGAUAUUCCACGGACAAUGCGGCUAUGAUUGGAACUUAUUAUUCUACGAAUACUUAAAAGAAGACCGUAAGAAAGAGCACUUAGGUCGCGAUAACAAGGCGAAAAAUGCUGAAGCAAAAUUAAAAAGUCAUUGA